GCCAUAGAAAGCGGCAGUCAGUGCAACCAAUAAUUGCUCACUUUCACUGAAAACCGACGACUUCCAAGCUCAGUACUCGCCCUCCGUUUUCCUCUCUCUUUUCAACUCUCUGCUUUCUCCGAUGGGGAAAGGGAAAAAGAAAGAUAAGAAACUGAAACUGGUGGAGGAUUCUAAGAGUAAGCACCAGGUGUUCUUGUCCUGGAGCUGUCCCCGGAAGGGCUGGUACAAGCUUAACGUGGAUGGGACAGCGCACAAGCGGAUAGGAGGAAGCGGUGUGAUCCGAGACGAACACGGACAAUGGGUUGGAGGAUUUUCUGCAAAUUUCGGAAAGGGUAAAGCCAUUGAUGCUGAGCUUUUGGCAUUACUUACAGGCUUGGAGUAUGCCUGGAGUUCUGGAUGGUAUCCUCUUGAAGUUGAAACCGACGCGAUAAGGGCUAUUAUGUUUAUGGUGAAUGAGGUUGAGGUGGACUAUAGUCACCCUCAGUUUGACUUGGUUAAGAGGUGCCAGGCUGUGCUUAAGCAUAACUGGACAUAUAAUCUGCGUCAUGUGUAUAGAGAGCAGAACUGUGUGGCUGAUUCUUUGGCCAAACAUGGGCGUACAUUGGAGCCAGGCUGCCACUAUUUUACUGAUCCACCUCCGCAUUGUAUCCCUUUGCUUGCUGAGGAUCAGAGUGGGGUUGCUCGGCCCCGGUUUAUUACACCCAAAGCCAUGCAAUACAGGACAAUGACAAGUCAGAAUCCGAUAACAGGGGAGAGUAAGAAAAUUGAGGUGAGUCUGGAAAAGGAAGAUCUUGCAUCUGUGACUUUCAGAUGGAAAAUCGACAACUUCUCUGAGUUGAACUUGAAGCAUUACUCUGAGGUUUUCAUCAUUGGUGAUUUUAAAUGGCGGGUCCUUAUGUAUCCAAAGGGAAACAACACAAACCAUCUGUCAGUGUAUUUGGAAGUUCCAGAUUCUUCAGAUUUACCUAUUGGGUGGUCUAGAUAUGCCCAAUUCAGCUUAACCAUGGUCAAUCAAGUUAAUCACAGCAAGUCAUUCACAAAGGAAACUGUACAUGUAUUCAGUAUCCAUGAGAGUGAGUUUGGGUUCCAAUCCUUGGCGCCUCUAAUUCUUCUCCGUGACCAAAGAAAUGGGUUUCUUGUGAAUGAUACUUGUAUCAUUGAAGCCGAGGUUGGAGUCCGUAAGGCUGAAGUGAAGAUCAUGGAAGACCCAAGUUCCAGCAUUUCUGCACCUAUGGAGGCUCUCAUUAUAGGGGAGAAGCAGAAUGAAGAGUAAAAAAAAAUCUAUAAUAAAAAUGAUGAUCAAGCUAAUGGUUAUCCUCAAGAUUCAUGAUAUGUACAUAAAUCUAGGGAGCUCUUCUAGUCAGGACUUUUAAGUUGAGGACUUGGUGAGGAUUUUUUGGUUUAUCCCACCUUUCGAUCUUAUAUCCAUAUCUUGACCGUUCAGUUUAUAAGUAUUUAUGAGUAGAUCAUUUUU